ACGUUUAUUGUGUUAUUAGAGGCGCGAAGAGAACAGUGAAUUUGGAAAUUGAAAUGGCUCGUACAAAGCAGACUGCUCGUAAAUCGACUGGUGGCAAGGCCCCACGCAAACAACUGGCUACAAAGGCCGCACGUAAAAGUGCGCCAGCCACCGGAGGAGUAAAGAAGCCCCAUCGCUAUCGCCCCGGAACUGUGGCUCUCCGUGAGAUCCGUCGCUACCAGAAGAGUACUGAGCUGUUGAUCCGUAAACUGCCAUUCCAGCGGUUGGUGCGUGAAAUAGCUCAGGAUUUCAAGACAGAUUUGCGCUUCCAGAGCUCUGCUGUGAUGGCUUUGCAGGAAGCUAGCUGA